CCUUCUUAAUAUAACGAUUUUUGACAUUUACUUUACACAAUGAAUAGUACGGACCUUCCCCAGCGCAUGAGAAUCAAUGCAACGCUACGCAUGGGUACACAACAACAAGCUAUAAUGAAAAAAGAGCCUAUCAAUAUACACCAAAAGAAACUGGCCUUGGAAGUGAGUGUACCUCCUUCUCUUCAAAAGCCUAACCACGAUCCAUUAUUAAGACCACUUCAGACCAAUACGCGACAACUGGAAGCACAAGGAAAACCCUUGAUGGAGCCCGCAAAAAAACUGGCCCGUGCCAUCCGAAAAGAAUACAAAUUGGUACAAGAUAAAGACAUUCCGAUCCAGUUAAAAGAUGCCAGACACAAUAUUGCUUAUAAAAAACUCAAUUGCUUAGGUUCUGGUGCGUUUGCAAAGGUGUACCGUUUCAAGUCUCGUGAUAAGUACCAUGCCGCUAAAAUCGUAUCCAAAGAAUCGUUACGACCCGAGAAUAUCAAAAAGAAACUGUUUGCAGAGAUCAAUAUUCAUCGAGUCUUGAAACAUGAGUACAUUGUGAAUUUCGAAAGCUGUUUUGAGGAUAAGCUCAACAUUUAUCUUGUAUUGGAAUUGUGCUCAAAUGGAACAUUAAGCGGCAUGUUGAGAAAUCGUAAAAUACUGACAGAGGACGAAGUACGAUAUUAUAUGGGCCAAAUAUUGUCUGCCUUACGUUACAUGUCUGACAACCGAAUACUACAUCGAGACCUGAAACUGGGCAACGUACUGUUGGACGAAAAUAUGGAUUGUAAAUUAGGCGAUUUCGGUCUUGCUGCUCUUUUAAUUGAUGGUGCAGAUCGUCGACGAACUAUUUGUGGUACACCGCACUAUAUCGCACCAGAAAUAUUAUUCAACAAACAGGGUCAUGACCACAGGGCAGACAUGUGGUCAGCAGGCGUAUUAAUGUUCAAUCUUUUAUACGGGAAGCAUCCAUUUCAUCAUGAUGAACCCAACAAACUUUAUGAUCAAGUCAGACAAAACGAAUUAAGUCGAGAAUACACGUUUCCUAAGAACCAUGUUGGGUUUAAACCAGUAUCUGAAUAUGCAAAGGAUUUAAUUAGCAAACUACUUGUAAAUAAUCCUGAUACUCGUUUAUCUGUGAUUGAAGCAUUAGAACACGGCUUCUUUUCAAAAUUUAAAUCACCCUUGAGAAUUCCUAAGACAGCGCUAUAUAAGAUCCCCGAGGACUAUGAAAUGUUUGGCGAUGAUGAGCCGUCUAAAGUAGAUGAUGCGAUACGACGAGCCAAAGAUCGAAAUGAAAGCCACGUCGAUCAUAAUGUCAAUCCUCCUUUAAAGAUCAUGCACGAAGUCAUAUUAGAUCCUCGUACACAAUAUCCCGUAAGACUCUCAUCUCAGUCAUCUACAAUUCCGACGCUUGAAACGUCUUCUAAAAAAAGAUCAAAUACAACUGUCGAAUUAUCGGUCAAACGUCCUUGUCUUCCCAAAACAAAACCAUUGUCUCCUGAGUCUGAUGGCGUUUUACCCAAGGUCGAAAAACUCUCGGUGAAUGCUGAUGAACCAGCUAAAACAUUCGCAAUCCCUUUACCUCUGCCUGGUAGAAAACCAAUCAUGGAAGAAAUGGCGGGUAACUUGAAGGUCAUGAUUGAUAGACGUUCAGCAAUACCAGCUAGUCGACGAACACUCACUGCAGCAGAAGACGAUGAUUUUACUUGGCAUGGAAACAAUGUAUUUGUUCAAAAUUGGAUUGAUUGUACGCCUUGUUAUGGUUUUGCCUAUCGAUUUUCCGAUGGUACGAUGGGUGUAUUAUAUAAUGACGGAUCCACCAUGACAUCUGUCAAUGAAAAGGAAUUUUAUUACAUCUAUCACCGUUACGAAGAUAAUAGAUACGUUGAAGCCACUUAUAAUGACGGUGUCCCUCAAGAGUUGAAAAAAAAACGGGAAUUGUUAAACACAUUUAAAAAAUAUACAGUUGGAUUCUUGCCGCUUGAGUUCUCGGUGCCGCAAUCCCCUGAUGCUACAAAGGUGCAUUUAUUCAAAUACAUGAUUUCAGAUACUUGUAUCACAUUUAGAUUGAAUAAUGGUGUGAUUCAGUUCAACUUUUUCAAAGGCGGUAAACUAGUCUUGUACGAAACGGGAAAGCGCAUGAUUUACAUUGACACAAAUCGAAAGAUGCGUCACUUUAAUACUAUCGACGUGUUUAAAUCGGAAGAAAAGAAUAUGGUGGAUGCUCUCAAUAGUGCUUAUGAAGUGUUGCAAGGACAAAAUCAAGAACGAAUGAACGCACUUCGAAAUAUGCGAUGGCAGCGUAUGGCAAAAGAAUAUUCGGCAGAGGCAUCAAUCACAACACCUAUCAAAUAGUUUUUUGUAAUUAUAAUCUUGAUACAUAUUCCCUUUUUAUACAGCACAUAAUAUCUAAUAAAUAAUAGCAACUUGAACCCAUUGG